CACAAUAACGGCUAACUAGACUUUGAGUUUUACAUACACGGCGCUAACCGGGUUUAUUUCAACACCUGGCAUCAAAUUCAUUUUUAUGAUUUUCUCUCGGCUGGCUUUCAGGGAAAAGCUGCCACCAAACAGCCUUGUUUUAGUUCUUAAAAUCACAACAUGAUACUCUUUUCUAUUAACAUUUAGCCAACUGUCAGUGGCUGAGCGACAACAAAGAGAUUGUUAGCUACACACACUGUUUGCAGUGGCUUUUGAAUUUGUUGUUUAAUUUCACUAAACAGAUAGCAUUAAUCUGGCUGACAUGACGGGGAUGGCUUCUCCAGAGAAAGGGUCCAGCUCCAAGAAGAAAAGCGAGAGGAAAUGUGCCACCAAAGAGGAGUACAGACAGCUAUCCAGCAUUAUGGGAGUCAUGAACACCCUGAGGAAACAGGGUACCCUCUGUGAUGUGACCCUGGUGGUUCAGGGGAAACACUUUCCUGCUCAUAGAGUAGUGUUAGCUGCUGCUAGCCACUUCUUUAGUCUCAUGUUCACCACCAGAAUGAUGGAGUCAAUGUCCCAUGAGGUGGAGCUCAGGAGCGCUGAGCCUGAGAUCAUUGAACUGUUGAUUGAAUUUAUCUACACAGCCCGAAUCUCAGUGAACAGCAGUAAUGUCCAGUCGUUGCUUGAUGCAGCCAACCAGUACCAGAUUGAGCCUGUGAAGAAGAUGUGUGUGGAAUUCCUCAAAGGACAGAUUGAUGCAACAAACUGCCUGGGUAUCUCAGCCCUGGCAGACUGUAUGGACUGUCCUGAACUGAAGGCAGCAGCAGAGGACUUCUUCCAGCUCCAUUUUACUGAAGUGUAUAAAUUGGAUGAGUUCCUGCAUCUGGAUGUUUCACAGCUCACAUAUCUGCUGCACCAGGACAAACUCACUGUUCGUGCUGAGGCCCAGAUUUAUGACGCAGCAGUGCGCUGGUUGAAGUAUGAUGUGUGUAACAGACAACAGUACAUGGUGGAGGUGCUGGGGUGUGUUCGCUUCCCUUUGGUCUCCAAAGCCUUUCUGUCUAAGACGGUGCAGGCUGAGCCUCUCAUCCAGGACAACCCACAGUGCCUGAAGAUGGUCAUCAGUGGAAUGCGCUACCAUUUGCUGUCCCUGGAGGACCGAGAGGACCUGGGAGAGAGCAGCCGACCACGACGCAAGAAGCAUGACUACCGCAUUGCUUUGUUCGGAGGCUCCCAGCCACAGUCCUGCCGCUACUUCAACCCCAAGGACUCCAGCUGGACAGACAUCCGCUGCCCCUUCGAGAAGCGCCGAGAUGCCACAGCAGUCUUCUGGGAUAAUGUGGUCUACAUCCUGGGUGGUUCACAGCUUUUUCCUAUCAAGCGCAUGGACUGCUACAAUGUCUUGAAGGACAGCUGGUACUCCAAGCUGGGUCCGCCCACACCACGUGACAGCCUGGCUGCCUGCGCUGUGCAGGGCAAGAUCUACACAUCCGGGGGUUCAGAAGUGGGUAGUUCAGCAAUGGACCUUUUUGAAUGCUACGACACAAGGACGGAGUCAUGGCAGGUGAAAGCCAGCAUGCUGAUGGCCCGGUGCAGCCAUGGCUCAGUGGAGGCCAAUGGCCUCAUCUAUGUCUGUGGAGGAACAGUGGGCAACAAUGUAUCUGGCAGGGUCCUCAACAACUGUGAGGCCUACGACCCCGCCACACAGCAAUGGAGGGAGCUGUGUGGGAUGAAAGAGGCCAGGAAGAACCACGGGCUGGUGGUGGUCAACAAUAGGAUGUAUGCUGUGGGGGGACAGGGGGCACUGGGUGGAUUGGAUUCAGUGGAGUACUACGAUAUUGCCAGUAAUGAGUGGCGUCCUGCCUCACCGAUGCCAUGGCGAGGUGUAACAGUGAAAUGUGCGGCGGUCGGUGAAGUCAUCUAUGUGCUGGCAGGGUUUCAAGGUGUAGGGCGACUUGGACACGUCCUGGAGUAUCACACUGACACCGACAGGUGGGUGACUUGCAGCAAAGUGCGAGCGUUUCCCGUCACUAGCUGCCUGAUUUGCGUGGUCGACACGUGUGGAGUCAACGAAGACGAAGACAUGGACCUCAUAGACUCUCAGUCACACGCUGCACCUGCUGCAUCUUCAUCUGCCUCAAGCUCAUCAUCCUCAUAGGACAAGAGGAAGAGUCAGUGUAUAUUAAGUUGGGACAUUCACAACUGCAUUAGGCCUCCAGUCGACUGUGGUAUUGAGACACACGAGGCAAGGCCCAUUCAGAAAGACUCACUCAUGCUUAGACAGCUCAUGCUAAUGUACAUUUUCCGUGUUCAGGUAGCGACUGUAAAUGUUCAGAUGGUGGCAGAGACCCUUAUUUGCCUCAGUGGCAGUGAGAACCUGGCCUCACUGUGGGACAGGCUUACUUUAGAAACAGGCCAUUUUUUCUGUCCCGUGUACCCUAAUUAUAUUUACCAGCGGUCCUGAUAAAUCCAGUAUAAUGUCCAUUUCCAUAGCACUACUUCCAUUACUAUCAUUGGUGCUGUGAAAAAUUACAUUACACUGAAUUUACCAUGUGAGCUGUUUGAAUAGGCUACAGGUAGGUUUCAGUGUUUUUUAACCUGGUCUUUGUUUGCUUGUGAUGGCCAAGCCUUGGGGUUUAUUUGAAAUUAGAUAGAAGGUUUUUAAUAUAAUUUAAUAGCCAAAGUUCUCUUUUUCUGUGUCAGAAAUCACUUCCUCAUCCACUACUCCUUAUAUAAGCUACACUAGGGCUCCCUUUAAUCAUCAUUUCUCCAUUAUUGCUUAUAGCUGUAGAGUCCCUAACAAGUCAUUUUCUCAUCUGAAAACUGCGAACUGCUAGCAAAACGUUCCAUGGUGGAAUCUUUGUGUACAAUACAGAGUGGAUAGAUUUGCACAUGCAGACACCACUACAGAAUGGGGACCACAGUACAUAGUGAGCAGAGAGUGAUUUCAGACAUACACAGCUUUUAACUAUUACCUGAGUCUGCAUAGUAGGGUUUCUUGUUAAAAAUGCCCAUGGGAAACUAUCCACAAAUAUGUUUUAGGAGCCAGGAAGAUUUUAAUGAGAAAGUGUUAUGUUGGUUUUGGGGGGAUUUUUAAAUUGGAUUUUUUCUUCUUACUAGAAAAAGGUAACGUGAAUUAUGUACUGUUACAGAGUAUAUAUACCGUAUUUAUGAACAGGUCAAUCUUGUGUUGUGUACAUGUUGAAUAAUAGUGCUUCUAUAAUGCGCUAUAACUUAAAACGUAACAUUAUUGAGAAUGAUUAAACAUUUUAUUUUCAGCCA